AUGUUUGCAACCCGUACUGUCGCAGCUACCUCUGCGGUGGUGAGAACGGCUGGACGCAGUGUCUUGCCUCGUCACCUCGCUGCUCGUGUCGUAGCUUCAGCUUCGGCACACAACGCUUCAGCCGCGAGUUCUCUCCGAGAUGGACUUGUUGGCUCCCGACAGCUCCACUCGAGCAGCACACGUGCUGCUGAUACAAAGAGCGAGGCGAUGAGCUCGCCUUCGACGCCUCUCACUGACGCCCUCUCCAAGACGGGUCUGUAUGACUUCCACGUCAAGAACGGCGGCAAGAUGGUGCCGUUUGGCGGCUACCUCAUGCCUCUCACAUACGGCGAUGUUGGGCAGGUAGCCUCGCAUCAUCACGUCCGCACGCACGCUGGUCUCUUUGACGUCGGCCACAUGGUGCAGCACAAAUUCAAGGGCCCUGGUGCGCUCAAAUUCCUGCAGCAUCUGACACCAGCGUCGUUGACCUCGAUGCCUGCCUUCAGCUCUACACUUUCGGUGCUCAUGUCUGAGCAGGGCGGUAUCCUGGACGAUCUCAUCAUCACCAAGCAUGCGGAUGACAGUUUUUACGUCGUCACCAACGCUGGAUGCCGUACCGAGGAUCUUGCCUGGUUCAAAAAGCAGCUAGAUGCAUGGAAGGGCGAUGCUGUUAAGCACGAGGUCAUGGACGACUGGGGGUUGCUCGCCUUGCAGGGCCCAACGGCAGCCAAGGUUCUCGAGAAGCUGGUUGGCGACUUCGACCUCAACACGCUCACUUUCGGCAAGAGCGUCUUUGUGCCGUUGAAGAUUGCCGGCGACAAGGUCGAGUGCCACGUUGCUCGAGCAGGCUACACCGGCGAAGACGGAUUCGAGAUCUCGAUUCCUCCCGCGUCAACGGUGAAAGUUGCCGAGGCUUUACUGUCGGAUAGCGAGGUGCAGCUGGCCGGCUUGGCAGCACGAGACAGUCUGCGACUCGAGGCAGGCAUGUGCCUGUAUGGCCAUGACUUGGAUGCCAGUGUCAGCCCCGUUGAAGGUGCGCUGGCAUGGUGUGUGGGCAAGGACCGACGUGCUGCAGCUGACUUUUUGGGAGCCGAGCGCGUGCUCAAGGAGCUCAAAGAGGGUCCUCCUCGUCGCCGGAUCGGUCUUUUCAUUGACGGCGGCAUUGCACGAGAAGGAGCCAACCUGUUUACGCCGGAAGGCAAGGUCGUCGGUCGCGUCACCUCGGGUAUUCCUAGUCCUACCUUGGGCAAGAAUAUCGCCAUGGCACUGGUGGAAAACGGACAGCAUAAGAAGGGCACCAAGCUCAAGGUUGAGAUUCGAAAGAAGCUGCGCGAUGCCGAGGUGGCCAAGAUGCCGUUUGUCGAGAGCAAGUUCUUCCGAGGGUAA